AUGGAAACAGGAGCACAGAAAUUAGAGCAGCCCUGGAAGUCUGUUAGUGACAGCUUCGGUGAAAGUAGGGCUAGCGACAAGGAUAUCUUCUAUGGUGCCGCUGUUGGGGAGAAGAUGUCAGUACCGGGUUCUGCCGGGGAGGUUAACGUGACAAUCCUGUAUGAUACAGGUGAUUAUGACAAUGAAGCAAGGAAUACGAAGUGUCUUCGCCAUGAUCUGCCCGCUCAAGAGGUGUCUAAUGCGACUCGAGAUUGA